AAAAAAAAACGAUAACAGUUGAAUAUAAUUUACACGUAUUUAAUGUGCAUAUUCAGCAAAUGUUACCCUUUUUACUUUAAUAGUAUUAAUUAAUUUUCCUUCGAUCUGUUUUCUUUCUCGCUCUCUAACCACCAGAAAGAGAGAGAAGAAGAAGAAGAAGGAAGCAGAAUCUAUCUUUCACAAUCACUCUCUCUCUCUCUAUUUCUUAAUCGCUCCGCCGCGCCACCACCGUCACUGAGAUGCGGCGGUGUAAAAUCGGCGAAUUCAUCUCCGUGGAAACGAUGAGGUUUCUGGCGUUUCUCCUGAUCUGUAGUUUCCAUCUUGCCUUCUCCGCCGAGUCCGAUAUCGGGACUGAGUCAGUUGCCACACGCGAGAUCAACGGAAACGCCGCCGAGUCCAAUGCGACGAACGCGAAACCUAAGGAGGACAGUUUCGCCGAUAUGAUCGAUAGGGCACUUGAGAAGGAGUUUCCGGAGAAUGACCAGAACGAUGUUCCUGAUCCAGGAAGCUUUAAUAAUAGCGUUGCUGAUCAGCAGGCUGUUCUGGAAACUGUUGCUCGAGUGAAGCCCAAGAAAAAUGAGACCAAGACCAAGGAGGAGAAAUCAUUCUUUAAUUUGGAUAACGAGAAUGGCGUAGAAGAUACUCCAAGACUGAUAGAUAGGAAGGACAACGUUUUUAUCAUGUCCAAUCCAAAGUCCAAGUACCCUGUACUGCAGCUAGAUUUAAGGCUGAUCUCAGAUUUGGUCGUCGUCAUUGUUUCUGCUACUUGUGGUGGAAUUGCAUUUGCUUGUGCUGGUCAACCGGUCAUUACUGGGUAUCUGUUGGCUGGAUCUAUCAUUGGACCGGGUGGGUUAAGCUUUGUUAGUGAAAUGGUGCAGGUUGAAACAGUAGCUCAGUUUGGUGUAAUCUUUCUUCUUUUUGCUUUAGGAUUAGAAUUUUCUGCAGCAAAGCUUCGUGUAGUUCGUGCAGUAGCUAUUCCAGGAGGUCUUCUUCAAAUAUUUUUGUUCAUGUGCUUGAGUGGGAUAACAGCCUCGUUAUGCGGUGGUAAACUAACAGAAGGAAUAUUCGUAGGUGCUUUUCUUUCGAUGUCGUCAACAGCGGUGGUAUUGAAAUUUUUAAUGGAAAAAAAUAGCAUAAGUGCUCUACAUGGCCAGAUAACCGUUGGAACACUUAUCCUUCAGGAUUGUGCUGUGGGUUUGCUUUUUGCUCUCCUUCCGGUUCUUGGUGGCACAUCUGGGGUCCUUCAAGGAAUGUUUUCCAUGGCUAAAUCGCUGGCUAUUUUGAUUGCGUUUUUGGCUGCUUUGUUUGUACUGUCACGUACCUGGGUACCUUGGUUUCUAAAACUUAUGACAAGCCUUUCUUCUCAGACUAACGAGCUCUACCAGUUGGCCGCUGUAGCAUUUUGUUUGCUUGUUGCUUGGUGUAGUGACAAGCUCGGUCUAAGUCUUGAGCUGGGUUCCUUUGCGGCAGGAGUGAUGAUCUCAACAACGGAUCUCGCCCAGCAUACUCUUGAACAAGUAGAACCAAUCCGCAAUUUUUUUGCAGCGCUGUUCCUUGCUAGUAUUGGAAUGUUGAUACAUAUGCACUUCUUGUGGAACCAUGUUGAUAUUCUGGUAGCAGCUGUGUUACUGGUGAUAGUGAUAAAGACCGUGGUCGUUGCAAUCGUUGUUAAGGUCUUUGGAUACAAUAACAAAACUGCAGUACUUGUUGGAAUGUCGCUUGCGCAGAUUGGGGAAUUUGCUUUUGUUCUGCUAAGUCGAGCAUCUAAUCUUCACCUUAUUGAGAGCAAACUGUACCUCCUGCUUCUGGGAACAACUGCUCUAAGCCUGGUAACGACACCAUUUCUAUUCAAGUUGAUACCGGCCGUUGUACAUUUAGGAGUGCUCUUACGGUGGUUCUCUCCCGAUAGCUCAACUGAGAUUGGUUUCAAAGGAGGUUUGUAUCGUUCAGAGAGUGCAAAGCUUAUAUCACAAAUGAUCCAAGGUUCUCUUCACGAUUCUUGAUGUUGAUUUCCGUAGUUGACACGACAACAUCAAAAAGCCACAUUUGAUCUCAAGCUAGGGAAAGGCGAUGAAUGGGGAGCCGUCGAUUGUGUUCCGGAUGUAUAGAUGUUUCUGAGAGAUCAAGCCGAAGAGGAAACCGUAUAAAAUCUCUUACACGAAGAUAACCACUACACAGACUUGUAACUUUGCUUCAUUAAGUUUUGAAACAAUCUUCAACGUAUUGUAAUGAUACCAACCUAUAAAACUAAAAUCUCUUACAUAAAGUGCUUUCUUGAGUUAAUAGACUAUAGAGUACAACAACAAAUACAAUGUAAUCAAACAAUAUGAAAGAGAGAAAAAAUAUGAAUCAAUGUUUCUUUAACA